CUAUCCCUGUGCUGCUCUCUGAAAAGAGGGUUGGCCACCCAGCACAGCACAACACGGAACAUGAGUCAGGUAACUGUAACAGAAACGUUGCUUCUGAGCUCCCGUGAAUUUUGGACAAGGCACUGACUCGGUUUGGGAGGCAGGGAGUGACAAACAUAUUUCUCUGAAAGGGAUUUUGCUGUACUCCCAUGUCUAUUUUAAAAACCGUAUAAACGUUUUAAGUUUCACGUUUUCGUGUGUCUGCUGCACUGAUGUGACGAGUUUGGCGUUUCACAAGCGGAUAAAACGCUCAGGUGUUUGUUUUUCAUAGGUGGAUUUUCUGCCUGUUUUAAAAACCCUUCCUAAGUAGAGCAGCGACAGGAGGUUUUCCCCUGCGGUAUAUUUUUUUAUUGCAAAUCUCUUGUUAAACCACGUUAGUGUUUUUCUUGCUUUUGUUUUUAAAUAUUUAAUUUCUAACCACCGACAACGCCGAGUGGCCACGUUGGAACAAACAGAUUGAAGAUGGACGAGGCAGAGAAGUACAAACAGAGACUGCAGGCGAUCACUGAGAAGCGUCGUCUGCAGGAGGAACAGGAGAGGGCCAAGAGGGAGAUGGAGGAGGAGCGGCUGAGGCUACAGCAGCUCAAGAGGAAGUCUCUUAGAGACCAGUGGCUGAUGGACGGCCCCUCUUCCCCCACAUCCUCAGAGCCUCGUUCCCCGCUGUGGGGCUCCCAGGCCCAGGAGAUGGAGCAACACAUAGACAAGUUGCAGACAGAGAGUCAACAGUUAGCGGAGGAGGAGGAGAAACUGGAGCAGCAGAUGGAAGAUGGCCGAGCUAAUGCAGCGGUGGUGGUGGAGGCUACAGCAGAAGCAGACCAAGCAGUUAUCUUGGAGAAUGGACAGGAAGAAGUAGAGGCUGAAUCCGUUUUAGGAAGAGUUGAGGCAGCACUAUUGGAACGAGCUGAGAUCCUCACCAAUGGGAGAGGAGAGGGGGAGGGACAAGCUGCUACCCACAAUGCACCAGAGGAGGGCGGACUGCACAACAGCACCAACGGUCCAGUGACGGUCGUCCCUGAAGAUGGUGCCAUUACCAUGACGUUCCUGGGGUUCACGGAGGCGGAGUCAGGCGAGGCUCCGGUAAUCGAGGAAGAAGGACUGAUCAUGAUGCGAGCGGAGCGAGUGAUUAUCAAUGACGAGGGAGACGAGCUGGCAAAUGAUCUUUCCUCUACGGGCAAGGAACAGAAUGUAGACUCGGCCGCGUCCAAUCAGAGGUCAGAAUCUCCCGAGGAAGGAGGAAUUGAGGAGACAAAACCAGAGACAACUCCUGAAGAGUCCUCAGAAGUAGCAAAAGAGACUGAGACAGAGGCAGACACAGUAACCCGAGGUUUAGGAGAAGGACAGAUGGACACCGUAACCGGAGAUUUAGGAGAAGGACAGAUGGACACAGUAAUAGGAGAUUUAGAAGGACAGAUGGACACCGUAACUAGAGAUUUAGGAGAAGGACAGAUGGACACAGUAAUAGGAGAUUUAGGAGAAGGACAGAUGGAGGGUGUGGGAAACAGUGGUGGAGAGGAAGAGGCACAGCCAGUAGAAGAAUCUCCUGUGUCUGACUUGCAGGCCCCAGAUGAUGUUGUUGUGGCUGCCGUUCCCGUCUCCUCUGAGACCUUACUCACCCCCAGGCCCGACGCAGAGGGAGAGGCUGCAGGCGAGCUGGCAGUGGGCGAUGUGGAAGUGAAGACUGAAGUGGAAGUCAAGGGGGAAGAGGAGGCCUCGGUGGCCCCAGAAUCAGCCAUCCUCCCUGGGGGCCAGUUCCUGGAGGUGUCCCUAGUGGAGCCAGAGCAGGAGCCCCUGCUGUUCCCAUCCAAGGCCCAGACCCUGGCCUUGGGGGCGCAGGCUCCAGCCGCCCCAGAGACACUGACCGCUACCAGGGGAGAGGCGGAGGGAGGGGUCGAUGUGGCUCCCAAACGCAAGACCUGCCAGUGCUGCUCUGUCAUGUGAUCAAUCUUUUCGUUCGCUCUCUAUCUCUCUACCAAAUUCUCCAAUGCUUUUUCUGUGUAAUACUACAAGAGGGACUUGAGUCUGCCUCUAACACUGUGAAUGAUGGGGGGUGGUAAGAUGGUGUUAUUACUGAAGUGCCUUGUGGAUCUCCUUCCCUAAGGGUAUAGCUCAGUUACUCAUCCAGAGGAACCUGGGUUUUGUUCAGUAGGGCGAAGUGCUUUGAAAUGAAAAUUAAAAACCAGUGUUUUUCUUAUUGGACCAGGUCCAGGUAGGCCCUCCCUGUUCGAGUCAAGUUUUUUUCUUUUGAUGAACACAACCCUGAUGAACACAACCCUGAUGAACACAAGUUUUUUUUCUAAUGAACACAACCCUGUUAGCCUUGGCUGUGUUACUGUUGGCUGGUACUGAGAAUGAAAGACCAGUCUUGAUCCAUUAUGCUGUAUCUGUGUAUCCACCCUACUAUUCACACAGAACCUGCUUUAAACUGAACUGUGCAGGCUGUGGUAAGAGUUCUGUUUGGGGGGCGCUUAUGUGUGUUUCUAGUGAAUUAUUUUACAAGGGAAAUGCUUAUCGAAGGCCCUUAUCUUAUUUUGUCCAAUGCAAGGCCUGAGGAUUGAAUCAUGACCAGUACAGUAGGUAUGUGUCACAAAUGAAACCCUAGUCCUAACAAAGUGCUCUACUGUUGACCAGGGUCUACGGUCUCUGGUUGAAAGUAGGUCACUGAGUGUACAAAACAUUAGGAACACCUGCUCUUUCCAUGACAGACUGACCAGGUGAAAGCUAUGAUCCCUUAUUGAUGUCACUUGUUAAAUCCACUUGCACAUGGAUUGUGCAUGUGUGCCAUUGAGGGUCAAUGGGAAAUCAACAUAUUGAAAUGCCUUUGAACAGGGUUUGGUAACAGGUGUCAGGCGCACCGGUUUCAGUGUCAAGAACUGCAACCGCUUUCUGUGUGGAUUAAGAAAGGACCACCACUCAAACGACAUCCAACCAACGUGACACAACUGUGGGAAGCAUUGGAGUCAACAUUUCUGAAUCUUAUUUUGGUCCAUUAUCAAUUGUUAAAGGGAAAGUAUGUUUUUAUAUCUAAAUUCUAUGCAUUUUAUUUUCUCAGUGUGUUUUCCAUAGAAUACAAACAGUGCUCUGACAUGUAUAUAGCCACCAUGAAAUCAAGUGGGAGUGGGGGUUUAUGUAUAUCUUUCAACAGGAUACUUUUGAACUAUUCAAUAAUGGUUUAGUGAUUAAACUGACACUUGUGAAAUAUUA